AUGCCUCCCAAGUCCGGCAAGAAGGUGGCUCCCGCCCCUUUCCCUCAGGGAAAGGCUGGCUCCAAAAAGGCUCCUAAGAACCCUCUUAUCGAGCGCAAGCCCCGUAACUUCGGCAUCGGCCAGGACAUCCAGCCCCGCCGCAACUUGGCCCGCAUGGUCAAGUGGCCCGAGUAUGUUCGUCUUCAACGCCAGAAGAAGAUCUUGAACAUGCGUCUCAAGGUCCCCCCUGCGAUCGCCCAGUUCCAGCACGUCCUCGACCGCAACACCGCCGCCCAGGCUUUCAAGCUCCUUAACAAGUACCGCCCUGAGACCAAGGCUGAGAAGAAGGAGCGUCUUGUCAAGGAGGCCACCGCUAUCAAGGACGGCAAGAAGAAGGAGGACGUCUCCAAGAAGCCCUACACUGUCAAGUACGGCCUCAACCAUGUUGUUGGCCUGAUUGAGAACAAGAAGGCCUCCCUCGUCCUCAUUCCCAACGACGUUGAUCCCAUUGAGUUGGUUAUCUUCCUCCCCGCCCUCUGCCGUAAGAUGGGUGUCCCCUUCGCCAUCAUCAAGGGCAAGGCCCGCCUCGGUACCGUUGUUCACAAGAAGACUGCCGCCGUCCUCGCCUUCACUGAGGUCCGCUCCGAGGACAAGAGUGAGCUCUCCAAGCUCGUCUCCGCCAUCAAGGACGGUUACCUCGAGAAGACCGACAGCGCCCGUAAGCAGUGGGGCGGUGGUAUCAUGGGUGCCAAGGCCCAGAAGCGCACUGAGAAGAAGCAGAAGGCUCUCGACAACGCCAUCAAGGUCUAA